CGCCCCUCCUCCUCUAGACAAACCACCCCCCUCAGCCACUGAGUCUGCAACUCUCACUGCCUUUCCUCACCUCAUAGUCGGGAACAGAGGAACGGAAUGGAUACAGAAGGGAGCCAAAUCAGCCUGUCCUCCGUGGACAACUCCCCCCACGACCCAUGCAAAAUGUUCAUCGGGGGUCUCAGUUGGCAGACAACACAAGAGGGAUUGAAUGAAUACUUCUGUAAAUUCGGCGAGGUGAAGGAGUGUAUGGUGAUGCGAGAUCCCGUUACGAAGAGAUCGAGGGGAUUCGGGUUUGUAACAUACAUAGACCAGGCUGGUGUGGAUAAAGUUUUGGCACAAAACAGACAUGAGCUGGAUUCUAAAACAAUUGAUCCCAAGGUGGCAUUUCCUCGUAGAGCCCAACCCAAGUUGGUGACCAGGACAAAGAAGAUCUUUGUGGGAGGCCUCUCAGUGAACACAACCAUCGAAGACGUCAAGCAAUACUUUGACCAGUUUGGAAAGGUCGAUGACGCCAUGCUCAUGUUCGACAAAACCACCAACAGACACAGAGGUUUUGGCUUUGUGACCUUCGAGAAUGAAGACAUGGUGGAGAAAGUGUGUGAGAUCCAUUUCCACGAAAUCAACAACAAAAUGGUGGAGUGCAAGAAAGCCCAGCCCAAGGAAGUGAUGUCACCGACGGGUACAGCUCGAGGUCGUGCCAGGGUGAUGCCCUACGGCAUGGACGCCUUCAUGCUGGGGAUCGGCAUGCUGGGCUACCCAGGCUUCCAAGCAGCUACGUACGCUAGCCGUGGCUACCCUAGCAUCACGCCUGGAUACACCUACCAGUUCCCUGAAUUCCAUUUAGAGAGGACCACCCUUCUGACAUCAUCCCACCCCUCUGAGCUCACAGGUCAAAGAAGACAUCUGAAAUUGUCCCUCUGUCCCUCAGCCAUUCCACUGUCAGCCUACGGACCAAUGGCAGCAGCAGCAGCAGCGGCUAUGAGAGGUUCCACCCAGUCACGUAACGCAGGCUACCUGGGCACCAGCAGCCCUGGGCCAAUGGCUGAUCUGUAUGCGGCAGCCAGUCAGGACUCAGCACUCAGCAGCUAUCUCAGCGCAGCUAGUCCUGGCCCCAACUCAGGAUUCGGCCACAGUCUUGGGGGUCCUCUUAUCGCUACUGCCUUCACCAACGGUUACCACUGAGCAGAUUUAGCAAAUCACCGGGCACGGGAGGAGGUCCCUUCUGCUGACGAGCCAAUCAAACUGCUGUGUGCCUACCCAUGGCACAAUCCGAUUGGCGGCCACAGUUCAAACCCCGCACCCCCUGGCUCCCCCUGACUCCACCCACUGACUGAAGAUCUUUUAUUUUUUUUAACUUCUGUAUCCUGUUUUCCUGUACUAAUAUCACUCCCUCUUCUCAAUCCCUUGUUUCUCCUAUCCUUUACCUUCACGUAGGUUUAUUUAAUUAGAUUCCAAUGCUGUUUCUUUUUUAAAAUAUCGCUCUGGCAGAAAAAUAAGUGAGAAAAUAAAGUUUGUGGGUUACGCUCAAGGCAAACACACAGAUUCUGUCAGAUAUGUUUUGCUUAUAUUUGAGGAUUUUUUUAUUUAAUCGCAAUGUUUUGAUGUAUUGUCUGUUCCGUUGACCUUUAAUGUGUUACUGAGGUGAGAUGGAGGAGAGAGGAUUAGAGAGCGAUGAACUGGUGUGUGGGAUGGGGUCUCCUUGUCAAAAGGGGUACCUAACCCAUUUAAACAGAGGAAGAACAAAAAUGAUGUAAUUUCCAUUUUUAACAAACGUGUCACAGAAAACAUGAAAAGAAAACUAAAAUGUAUAUUUUGAUAGUUUUUAAAACAAAACAUUUGUAAUAUUGUUAUUAAUAUUGAACACAAUGAUAAUAAUGAUGAUAAUCGGGUAGAUAUUUUCUUCCGUAAUUGGUUUUGAAAGGAAUGUUUUUUUAUUUUCUUCCUGUAAAAUAUUGUAUAUAGAUUUUGAGGGGAGGGUGAAGUAGGGGAGGAGGAAGGUUGGUGUAGGGGAGGAGGGAGGGGAUGUUGAACUUUGAUCAGCAGGCGGGGUUACUAUUAAUCGUUUGGCGCCAAUUUAACUGGAAGUCUGCUUAACUACUACAACAAAUGUGUUGUACAGCGGCAGGUCAUUUUCUAUUUGAAAGUGGCUAUCCCCUCAGCAUUUGUUUGGUGUUUAGGCCAACAACAUGCAUUAGCAGGGUUGAGGACUAGAUGAUAUUUGUAAAUAAGACGAAAUGAUAAGACCCUUUUCAUUAGAAAUUGGUAUCAAAAAGAGAACAUGCUUGAAUUCUCACACAGUUGAGUCCUUUUCCCUUUCCUUUCAUUUAGUUUCUUACUGUGAACAUGCCAGUAACUGAUUUCUAUUGAAUUGGACCCCUUAAAGGCACAGUCUUACCAAGUGACAUAACCAUAGAAAUAUUGUUAUUUGAAUGAGGGUUCCUGUUCUAGUCAUUUUAUUUCUAUGGACAUGACAUCCAUGUAUCCCUGAGAGAUAAGGAAAAACUGAAGUGAGGCCCUGAGGAUUUUUAAUUGGCUAUGUUGAGGGUGCAUGGUCGGGGUUAAGGGGGAUUGGGUGGGAUUUAAUACAACUUUUUAAGGGGGGAAAGUAUAUAUAUUUUUGCUCUAUUUUCCUUCAUUAUGUUUUAUUUUGUUUCUUGUUUCUUUCUUGCUGUUCUAUGUACGGUCAUACGGACCGUAGAAACAAAUGAAGGACAUAUUUAACAAAGCAAUUGACUCUUAAAAAACGGUUACAUCAUGGUUGUAUUUGUCUUCUGAUGACCUUAGGAGGUGAUUGUGUCAUUAUGUGUGAAGGUGUGUUUGUUUGUGUGUGAUGUGUGCGCGCACAAUAGUGAGCUGACGUAUGGAAUUAGCUAGAUUCGAAAGUUGACAUGACAUGCAUUUUUUGACUGCCAUUUUGGUACUGAAAUGUUUGGCUGGUUCCAUUUUGGUCUAACACCACGUAUCCUAUGUGUCCUUUCAGAUCUAGGGACUAGGGGCUAGGUAAACUGAAAUGGAAUGCAGCCUCUGUCCCAGUCAGUACAGAAAAGAGUUAUACACAGACCAGUAGCUGGAAUGGAGGAGGAGACAUAGUGGAAUUGUCCCCUUUCUUUUGACAGAGCUAUUUCAAUGAAAAUCAAAUGAAUUUUGUUGAUGUUCCACAAAGUCUUCCACUAAACAUGAACAAGAAUCUCCCAUUUUAUACUGGCUAGUACUGCCCUUUUCGAACUGGCUGGGGCACCACACAAAACUACUGCUGGACACGAACACUGUAACUUUCUAACUUUCAAAAAGCAAUACGUUGUUUUUUAUUUUAGGAAUAUUAAUACUGCUAUUAAUGGCAAUGGGAGUAUGGAUAAUUCCAUGGCAUUAAGACUUUUUUUAAGAACAAAAAGGAAAUUAUAUUUUUCUCUUGUCCGAUUUCGUUCCCGGUGCACAAUAAUGAUUCAGUGAUGUUUAAGAUGCUGGUGUUUUUGUUUGUUUAUGUUGACGCUUUCUUCAGGGUCGGAAAAGGGGCAAGGCCUUGGUUGUUAAAGCUCCAAGUUCAAGGCCUUGACCAACACUGUAACUAAACUUUUAUUUGGACUGUUCCCCACCCGCUUUAUCUUAUUGUAUUUCUUUUUUUCUUUCUUUCUUUUCUCCUCUGGAAAUGUCCAUUUUAAAAUUCCUAAUAAAUUAUUUUAAAGCAUUCCACUGA